AAAGAUUAAAAAAAACGGGAAAAACCCGUUUCGUAAAGGCAAUCCCCCAAACUCAUCGACUCUCAAGUCUCAAAUCCUGAUUUCUCUCUCCAUUAUUAUCCGUCUUUUCAAUAUUCGAGGUUUCAAGUUUCAGGUUUCUUUUUCAUCUAAAAUCGAAACGCAAAAGUUUCGAUCUUUCUUCAAAUAAUUAAUCCCCUUUUCUUCCUACACUCUCAGUAAGCUGAGAAGAACAGCGCAAGUGUAUCAGAUGUCGCCUAAACUGCUGUUCUUUGUGUCUAUGUAUGUCCAGCGUUUCCCACUUGCCUGAAAUUAUAUCUAUGAGUAAACAUGCCUUCUGAAUCUGAUAAAUGGGGUUGGAAACAUGUUAGUGUGUUUGGUGGAUUUGAUAAAGGUAGUGGUACAAAAAGGUGGAAAUGCAACCAUUGUAGCCUAAGAUACAACGGGUCCUACUCACGUGUGAGGGCCCAUCUUCUUGGAUUCACUGGUGUUGGUGUGAAAAGUUGCCCAGCAAUAGACAAGUCUGUUAGAGAAGAAUUUCGGUUAUUAGAAGAGGAACGCCUUCAGAGGAAGAAGAAAAAGAAUCCUCCUUGUGCAAAGAUUGGUAAGCGCAUGAAGAAUUGCCAAUUGAAUUUCGCUAGCCCUAUUAGAACUCUUGCUAAAGAAGAUGUAGAUGAGAUGGUAGCCAGAUUCUUUUAUGCCGAUGGAUUGAACAUGAACGUAGUGAACUCCCCAUACUUCCGAGAAAUGAUCAGAGCACUAGCGGCUUUUGGCCCUGGAUAUGAACCCCCCUCAAAAAACAUGUUGUCUGAUACUUUUCUUAGCAAAGAAAAAGCAAAGCUGGAAAAAGCCAUCACCUUAGUUAGGGAGUCCUGGCCACACACGGGAUGCACAAUAAUAUGUGUCAAUCGUCUAGAUGGAUCACUUGGAUGCUUUUGUAUUAACUUCUUCAUUUCAAGCCCCAGGGGAGUUAUGUUUCUGAAAUCAAUUGAUAUAAAUGAAGGGGAUGAAGCUGAUGAUAUGUUUAUCAAUGUUCUUAGUGAUGCGAUACUAGAAAUCGGACCCAGAAAUGUUAUUCAAAUCAUAACUCAUCUCGGCCAGGCAAGCAGUGCUUUUGAAUCUGUUAUAUUAUCAAAGUUCCCUCAUGUAUUUUGGUCCCAUUGCACUUCACAUUCUAUCCAUCUGCUGAUGGAAGAGAUUGCUGAACUCGACUGGAUGAAAUCCGUGGUGUUGUGUGCUAGAGGGAUUGAACAAGUCAUUUCAUCUUACCAGCGAUAUUCUUCCUGUGUUGUAUACAAUUCGAUGGAGAUUUCGGAUACGCUUUCAAUGAAGUUUGCACCUUCGUUUUGUUUAGUCGAAAGAAUUUUUCAGAUGAAGCAAGAAUUACAAGAAAUAGUUGUAAGCAAUGAGUGGAAGCAAUGGAUGCUCACUGCUACUUGUGAUGUCAUCAACACAGAAGCCACUGUGUUAGGAGAUGAGUUCUGGUCUCGGGCCCAGUUGAUGUUGCAGCUCUGUGAACCUUUUGUUCGACUACUUGCUACGUUCAACAUCGACAAAUCUGUCAUGGGCGAUGUUUACAACUGGCGGGUUCAGUCACUUGAAGCUGUGAGGAGCAGGGGCAUUGAUGACAUUGCUCUUAGUCAAAUGGAGUUGCUGAUAGAGAGUAGAUGGGAUAUGCUAUUUUCCCCUCUUCAUGCAGCCGGGUAUUUGCUGAACCCUAGAUAUUUUGGGAGAGGUCAGAGCAAGGACAAAACUGUUAUGCGAGGAUGGAAAGCCACUCUAGAAAGAUAUGAGCAUGAGAGUACUGCAAGACGUUUACUUAGAGAACAGCUCAGUAUGUACUGGAGAUUGGAGGGAUCAUUUGGAGAGGAAGAUGCUGUGGAAUGUAGAGAUAAGAUGGAUGGAGUUGCAUGGUGGGAAAAUUUUGGGUUUGAGACACCACACUUGCAGACUUUAGCUAUAAAGGUGCUGAGCCAGGUUUCUAGUGUCUCGUUGUGCAGAGAAAGCGGACAGUGUGAUAGUCUUCCAUGUCGAGAAACUGUGAAAAAGAUGGGGGUCGAAAGAGUAGAGGAUCUUGCAUUUGUGAGAAACAAUCUUGGCCUUCUGAGCCUAAAAAAUGGGAGUAUAAACUAUAUAUCUAUUCCUCGAAGUGGGAACUCGUGCUGUAUGACUGGAUGUUCAUAGCAUUAGCAGCGAUCUGUUUCUUGAAUUGAAGCCGAAUAUUGCAUGACUUGGACAUGGAUAUCAAUCUAUAGAACACUUUAGAGGUCUAUAAUGUGCAGCUAACUAUAGAGCUCCCCUCACAGAAGGGCUGUGCUUCUUGCAGGUCGGGGAAACAGAUGGCUAUAACUUACCAUUGCCAUCUCCUUUGUAUUCUUUUUACCGCUUGUUUGGUAGGUUCUAUCUAAUGAUGGCAAUGGAAAUGAAUUAUAUGUA